AUGGAUGUACCCGAUGAGGAUGAGGAUGAUUUGGAGGAUAUCAUCAGAGGAGAGGAACCAGAGAAGAUCCAAGACCGGGACAAGUCGGAGGAGGAACAGGAUGCGCCGUGCUGGAAAUGGACGACUUCUCCCUGCGCGGCGUCGCCAGUCAAAAGCUUCGCUCAAAUUCACGGCUACGACUACAAAUUCUACCACGCGCAGCACAUGAAGGGAUAUUACGACACCUGGAUCCGGCCGCAUCUCCUCGCUUCGCUGCUGAGGGAUAACGACUACGACUUUGUCAUGACCAUGGACGCCGAUGUGACGAUCACGCACAAGGACGUGCCGUUGGAGUGGCUGUUCAAUCGAUGGAAUAUCACCGAGCGGACCUCCAUCGCUCUGCCGUGGGAUGUUGAGACGCAGAUCUGGGAGACGGACUAUAUUCGGGGCAAAGAUAGUAGAGGCUUGACUGUCCUAAAUGCUGGUGUCGUGAUUGUGCAGAAUUUGCCGCAUACCUUGGAGAUUUUACAGGCCUGGGGUGACUGCCCGACCGAAACCCGCUACGAAGGCUGCGCGCACUGGAAAACCGAAUGGAGCCACGAGCAGCGGGCUUUUUCCGAAUACAUCCGAUACGACUUCAACCCGGACGGCGACAACAUCGUGCCCAUCGCCUGUGACGACGCCAUGUCCUGGCCCGGCGCGACAGAAGAGCGACCCGGGCCUUUCAACAGCGUAGUCUUGAGCGACUGCAAUGGCAAUUUCUUGCGCCACCAUACAUGGCACAAGGAGAGGCCGAGAGGGGAGUUCCAGGACGCUGUGAUGCAGUUGAUGAUUCGGUUACUGCAGGACAAGGUGAAGCAGAAUAUGGAUACGAUCUUGACGGAGGAGAGGAAGGAGAGGAAGGGUGGAGGUGGAAUAGCAUGA